UUAUAAACAAUUACGAAAUUGGUAAUAAAUAAUAGGUACCCUGGGUGUAUUCGUAAUUUUCUGAUAGUUUACUAUAAUUAAAGUUCUGUUUUAUUUUGAUCCUAAUAUCUACUAAUUAGUGUUUAAUUACUUUUAGAACAUUUUUUUGAAAAGUAAUAAUAUUUAUUAAACAAAUCGGAAAUGGUAGAAGAACAAGUUACUAAUUUCCCAGACACUGUAGCAGUACUGAAGUCUUCAAAUGGUUCUGUGGUUUAUCUUGUUGGCACUGCACAUUUUAGCAAAGAAAGCCAAGAAGAUGUUGCUCAAGUAAUAAAUGCAGUAAAGCCAGAUAUCAUUGUUAUAGAAUUAUGCUAUAACAGAAAUAGCAUAUUAUCAAUUGAUGAAUCUACUAUUGCCAAUGUUUCAGGCAUUACAUUAGAAGGGCUACAAAAUUCUAUAAAAAAAUUAGGAUUCACCCAAGGUAUAUUUUAUCAGCUUAUGAUAAAUAUAUCAGCAAAAAUUUCACAUGAUCUUGGCAUGGUACCUGGAGGAGAAUUUCGCAGAGCAGUUGAUGAAGCUAAAAAAUAUGACAGCUAUGUUUAUCUAGGUGAUAGACCUGUUGAUAUAACCAUAAAAAGAGUGAUUUCUAUGUUGAGUUGGCCUAAAAUUAUUCGACUCUUAGCACACUUGUUAUUUACUGCGGAUUUUAAAAUUACAAAAGAAGAUGUAGAAAAGUUCAAGAACAAAGAUAUGCUGGAAACUUUAAUGAUUGAAAUGGCUGCUGAUUAUCCAGAGUUAGAGAAAGUAAUAGUUGAUGAAAGAGACAAAUUUUUAACUUAUAGCUUACAAAAUUGUGCUGGUUUCGAAAUUGACAAAACUGGUCUUAAACCUAAUUCAUAUUUUUCAAAACCUCAAGUAAUUGUUGGGGUAGUUGGAUUAGGCCAUCUCGCUGGCAUUAAAAACUAUUGGGAAACUAUUACCAAAGAAGAAAUUGCAGAAUUAAUUAUCAUUCCACCUCAAUCAAGAAGUAGUAAAAUUAUUAAAAUAGUUAUCAAGGUGUCUACUUAUGGUUUGCUUUUAUGGGGUAUUUCAAAAAUCCCAGGAGUAAGAUCAUUUUCUAAGGCAGCUUACAAUGCUGUUACUUCUACAUAUGUCCAAGGAAAGUUUAUUAAGUUCUGAUUAAAACUUAUUAGAAUUAAUUAAUCACAUUCCGUAAUAUAUUAUAUUUUAUGGUAUGUAUUAUAAUUUGUGACUUUAUAAUUAAUAAUUUUAUCAUAAAUAUUUAUAUUACUUAUAAAGUUUUAAGGAAAUUGCCUUACCAAAUUUAUGUAUAGAUCAUAUUAUGUGAUAUAACUUUAAAAAUAAG